CUUGAAUUGUUGUCGCCGGUUUUUGUUCGGUGGGUUUGUGCAAGUGAAAAUUAAAUCUUCCAUCAUCGGACCGAUUUUCGUAUAAUAUACAAAAACAACCAUGGCUGGUUUUCCGGGCAGCAUCGCCUUCGAUGAAUAUGGCAGACCUUUCAUCAUUUUACGUGAUCAAGACAAGCAAAAACGUUUAACUGGACUUGAUGCUUUAAAGUCACACAUUUUGGCUGCCAGACAAAUUGCCAGCACUUUAAGUACAUCACUGGGCCCAAAAGGUUUGGACAAAAUGAUGGUCUCAUCAGAUGGUGAAGUAACUGUAACAAAUGAUGGCGCGACCAUCCUGAAGAUGAUGGACGUCGAGCACCAAAUCGGCAAAUUGCUUGUGCAGUUAUCCCAGUCUCAGGACGAUGAAAUCGGCGACGGUACCACCGGUGUGGUCGUUCUAGCCGGAGCCUUGCUCGAACAGGCUGGUUCGUUGUUAGAUCGUGGCAUCCACCCUAUUAGAAUCGCCGACGGUUUCGAACUGGCCUGCGACGUUGCAGUGAAACACUUGGAGAAGAUCGCCGACUUGUUCCCAGUCGCUUUGGACAACACGGAUCCCUUGGUUAAAGUAGCCAUGACCACCUUGGGCUCAAAAAUCAUCAACAAGUGUCACAGACAAAUGGCCGAGAUUGCCGUCAAUGCUGUGCUGUCGGUAGCCGACUUGGAACAAAAAGACGUCAACUUCGAAUUGAUUAAGGUUGAGGGAAAAGUAGGUGGUCGCCUUGAGGACACCAUGCUGGUCAAGGGAGUCGUCAUCGACAAAACCAUGUCCCACUCUCAGAUGCCAAAGGAACUGAAGGACGUAAAAAUGGCCAUUCUCACCUGCCCGUUCGAACCACCAAAGCCAAAGACCAAGCAUAAGUUGGACGUCAGCAAUGUCGAAGACUACAAAGCGCUCAGGCAGUAUGAGCAGGAUAAGUUCAAGGAAAUGGUCAGUUUGGUCAAGAACGCCGGAGCCAAUUUGGCUAUUUGCCAGUGGGGCUUUGAUGAUGAGGCCAAUCACUUGCUCUACCAGCAAGGCUUGCCUGCAGUCAGAUGGGUUGGUGGUCCAGAAAUCGAACUGAUCGCCAUCGCAACUGGAGGAAGGAUCGUUCCACGUUUCGAAGAGCUGACGCCAGACAAGCUGGGAUCGGCAGGUCUCGUACGCGAAAUUUCCUUCGGCACCACCAAGGACAAAAUGAUGGUGAUUGAAGACUGCUCCAACUCAAGGGCCGUAACCAUCUUGGUGCGCGGUGGCAACCAGAUGUUGGUUGAGGAGGCCAAGCGCAGUCUCCACGACGCCUUGUGCGUUGUCAGGAGUUUAGUCAUGGAACCUAGGGUAGUUUAUGGGGGCGGCGCAGCCGAAAUCGCGUGCAGCUUGGCUGUGGCAGCUGAGGCUGACCAAUUGGCUUCCCUCGAACAGUACGCUUUCAGAGGUUUCGCCGAAGCUUUGGAAGCUAUUCCUUUGGCUUUGGCUGAAAACAGUGGUUUGUCCGCCGUUCACACACUUGGUGAAGUUAAGGCUAAACAAGCUUCCACAAACAACCCAGCUUUGGGCAUUGAUUGCAUGAAUACCGGAAACAUGAAUAUGAAAGAGCAACAUGUGAUCGAAUCCGUCAGAUCAAAGAGACAACAGUUCCUUUUGGCCACACAGUUAGUUAAAAUGAUACUGAAAAUUGAUGAUGUUAGGUCGCCACAUGAUGAACAAGGUUUAUAAAGGCGAUUCUGAAUAUUUUUUUUUAAUAUAAAUAAUUUUUAUAUUAGUUAACACACUCAUUCUCGUCUCAGUUAUCGCUUUUACUCACGUAUUUUGUAAUUCAUUCAUUUGGCGUUUAUUUAUAACAAAUAAAUUAAUCAUAUUUACAGUUUUAA